AGAGAGAAAGGGCAAAGGAAAUUCUUGCAGAAGAGUGCAACUCUUCCUCUCUUUCUCUCUUGUUCUUUCUUUCUCAUCGGCCUUUGGUGAUAGACAGAAGAAGCCAUGGCCAGCUUUGGAGGAACCACACAAAAGUGCAUGGCUUGUGACAAAACCGUCUACCUUGUCGAUAAGCUAACUGCUGAUGGCCGUGUCUAUCACAAGGCCUGCUUCAGAUGCCACCAUUGCCGCAAUACCCUUAAGCUGAGCAACUACUGUUCUUUUGAGGGGGUGCUAUAUUGCAGACCUCAUUAUGAUCAACUUUACAAGCGAACUGGCAGCUUGGACAAAAGCUUCGAAGGAACACCCAAAGUUCAGAAACCAGAGAAACCGAUCACUGAAAAUGAGAACUCCAAGGGCAUCGCAAACGUGUUCUUGGGUACCAGAGACAAAUGUGUGUGCUGCAAAAAGACAGUGUAUCCCACCGAGAGGGUAACCGUUAAUGGGACACCCUACCAUAAAAGCUGCUUCAAAUGUACCUAUGGAGGUUGCACUAUAAGCUCAUCAAACUUCAUCACACACGAGGGAAAGCUGUACUGCAAACACCAUCACAUUCAACUAUUCAAAGAGAAGGGUAAUUACAGUCAGCUUGAGAAUGACCAAGUUGCUACCACGGAAGUCGUUGCUUGAUGUGAACUGACAUAGAAUGCUAGCAGUUGUUUUGAUCCGUAAUGCUUGUAAAGAAUAUCUGUAUUCAUGAGACAGAAAGUUGGUAUA